AUGUUACGAUUAAAACACCGCCAACCAGUCGAGCGUGAGCCCGACGUCGAGAACUGGGAUGACGACGAUUUUAUGCUCGACGACGGCGAUGAUCUCACUUUUCGUAGCUCGACAAACACCAACAACCCGCCUUCCCAGCGCCGCGAUUCCAUUUCUUCCCACAAGUCUCUGCGCUCUGAGUUGGAGUCUGUAGUCGGCGAAGAAGACCGGCAAGUUCACAUCGCUGACGGCGACGAGAAGUCAACAUUAAAUGCGAUAGCGGCGGCCGCCAACAUGGGCAUCCCCAUUCCGAAGAACGUACCUCAUUCUGCCCUUAUGGGUGGUACUAUCAAACGCCUUGGCGGUCGGAAGAUUAAGCAGAUAAUAGAGGAAGACUGGGAAACCGACUUGGAGUUACCCGAGCCAGGCAAGGCCUUGGCGAUCAAGACCCAGGACGCAUCUCAAUUCCCAGAUGCCAUUCGGCAAGUCAGCGGUGGCUCCGUCCACACAAGCCCCGUGAAGUCCAGUAGGCCAGCGCCAGCUAUCAUUCACAGUGAUCGUCGCGACUCCAACCAAUCGAGAUCCAGCAUACUCAGUGCGGCAAUCAAUCUAGACAGAUUCCGGGACGAUGAUGACGACGACGAUUUCUUUGGAGAUGGAUCGGCCACUAUCAAAGUAUCCAAGACUAGGAGUCUCUCCAAACCCAUUCCGCUCAUCACUCCGCCAACCCCUCAGAAGGCGCAGAAGCCCGGUCCUCAAGGCGAGGAUGAUUUCGAAAUGGAUCUCGAGCUUCCUUCCGAUGGCAAGCUGAGGUUGUCCACUAGGAAAGACAUUCCCAAGACGCCAUCGUUGGGCAUGGACGAUCUCGAUUGGGGUGAGGGAAGUCUUGGUACCCGCUACGGCGGUACUAGAAGGGAUGGCCGUUCGAACCGCAGCUCCUCUGCUUCUGCUUUAAGCCCUAGCAUAUCCAGUUCCAUCACUGCUGAGAGCGAAGACGAGACGUUUGAUGGUCUCGUGCUUCCCCCAGGCCCUGUCAAUUUUGAGCAAAGAUUGAAGUUGCGAAGAAAGAGCCGAUCCCCUGAACGCAUCGACGAGGAGCCAGCAGCUCCAGCAAAGAAACCUCUCGAGGCAGAGCCUGACAAGGAGGACUUUUUGUCUGGCCUAGAUAUCGGCGAUGGUGCUGUUUUCGAUUCCAAGAAGCUUACCCUCCACCGCAACAUCAAGCUCAAGGAGUCGAGGCCUGAGAGUCCCUCGCGGCCCAAGACAGCCGCAUCCAUUACCUUCACUAACAAACCUGUCGCGCAACUACCCUCACGACUUCCCCGCCUCAGCCAUGAUAGGGCGCCUUCUAACUUGGAGCCAGUCUCCGAAAGUGGUGGUCCCAUUGUUCCCCGAAUUCGCCGCUCGCAGUCUAGACUUGGCCACUCCGCACAAUCCUCUAUUUCUAGCCUGCCGACGCCCACCACACCUUCUUCGGCCCAGUCACUGCCACCUUCCACCCCCCGACGCACAGCUAGGGAGGUCGUGACGAAGACUUCUGCCGUUUCGCUUCGAAACGAGCCCACCACCACCAACGCGCAGUUGCUGAGACUGAAGCGGUCGCUGCCUGCUAUGAGAGCACCCCAGUCGCCAGCAAAGCCAACGACCGCAGUCGGACGAUACGAGCGACCUCCUUCUCGGACUGAUGGGCGUCCCCCGCCAGUAAUGCGACCAAAGACACCAGUUGAACGCAUUCGACCCGACUCGAGCGCUUCGAUGGCUCCUCCUACCCGGCGGAACCCACUUCCCUUCCUACCAGCUGGGUCUUCUGCUCAGUCUCAUCAUGUGACGGCUAAGGGUGGUAGGGUAUUCCGACGCCAUGACUCCGAGAAUUCUAUUGACUUCCGGCCAAACUCUCGUGCCAUCUCCCGAUCGGCAAUGCGCUCGCCUAGUCCCCGACGCGCGAGACCCGCGACUCAUGAGAAGAUCACGGAGACUCAUUAUCGUCUGCUUAGUAGGCCCCGUCACCAGCGGACCUUUGGAAAUGGUUCCGAACUUGACGGUUUUGAUGACUUGCCUGUCUCAAAGGACGCGGAGGCUCGAUAUGUGAAGCAACCUGUGGGCAAAGACUCCAAGCCGCUGCUACGAAACAAGAUUUAUCAAAAUGUCUUGCCCGACAGAAGCACCACUUCGUCUCCUGUAUCGCCGUACUCACCUAUGCGGGCUGACUACACGCCCAGCUUUGCUCGAGAUACUGCUGCAAGCCGGAUCGCGCGUGAGACCUCGCUCGCCCAACGUGUUCCAUCGUCUGGACCUCUGGCGCCCUUAACAGCUCAACGAGUUGCCCAGCUUUCGACCCGAAGCAAUCUCAACCCGAUGGCGCCUCCCUCGCCUCAAGUUCGCUCUAAGAAGAAGCGUUCCCAGCAACUAAAGCCCCAUUUGAUUGCGAAUUUGAACUCUGCGAAAGAAUCGAAGACUGUCAAUGGAAUGGUCUACAACCCUGUCACCUUCCGCUGGGAAGGUAACGAUAAUGUCCUUAGUGCUUUCGAUCCUCCAGCGUCUUCUUCGCCGUCCACAACUUCGUUGCCGCCCUACAUGCUCAGGGAAAAGGAAAAUGCCACGCCUCGACCAGCGUUAAUCACCAACAUCAGCUCUACCAAAGGAGUUCAGGUUGUCGGCGGAAUGGUCUUCGAUCCUCAGAACAUGUGCUGGCUCAAGAUCGGUAGUUCGGCCAGGCCAAUUUCGGAGGUGGGCGACCCAUUGGACGGCUUCAAUGGUCUCGAGGACGACGAAGAUGACGAUGACCCGUUCAAGGACAUUCCCGACCUCGAAGACAACACUGCUGAUUCAAACGACGGCGGCCAGGGACGCCUCAGCGAUGUUCGGGACGACUGGCUAGUAGGCGAAGAGUUUGACGUGGGGCCCGAGUUUGUACGACGCCAGCGCGAGGAGGAAGAGCGCUGGAGGAAGAAGUGCGAAUCCUGGCUUACAGGGAAUACCAGGAACUACGACGAGUGGCGAUGGACGAUACGCGAACUCGUUUCCGGAGACGCCCUCUUCUAA